AUUAGUAUAUUCUUUGUUAUCAAUUAUUUUGAAAUUUAAAUUAUAUAUUUUUAUUUCUAGCUUAUUUGCUUGCAAUAUUUUCUUUAUUUGUUUAAAAAUCACUACGUAAAGUGAUUAUAUAUAUGCAAUGUAUAUAAUCUGAAAUAAAAAGAAUACAGUACAUGUAUCCGUAACAUAUAUAAACAUUAAAAAUGAUUGGUAUAUCCUCUUUUAUCUCUAAAGCUGUUGCAUCAGGACAACAAUUAUUCAAACAACAGGCGAGGAACACAUUUAUUUUGAAAAGAAAAUGGCCACCAGCCUUGCAUAAAAAAGGUGGUAAAAUACCUAAAAUGAAAGCCAGACAUUUUGUAUAUGAUUUAGUUGAAGAUACAAAUGUCCAAAAACAGCCUAAUGUGAAGGUGAUCUUAAAGCACUUUGUAGAUGGUGUUGGGAAUAAGGGUGAUGUACUGAAUCUAAAACCUAUGAUAGCCUACCGAGAUUUUCUUGUGCCUGGACUGGCAGUUUAUGCAAGCCCUAAAAAUUUGGCAAAAUAUGAAACGACAGAAAUAAAGACAACAGAAGAGGAGAAGUUUAGUUCCCCAUAUGUGCAAAGAACAAUGAGUUGUUUGUCUCGUCUCGUCCUGAAUGUUACCAUGAGUAAACUGCAACCCUGGACUCUAGAACCAUGGCAUAUCAAAGCCUGCUUUCGUAAAACAGGAUUUGUAGUACCUGAAUAUGCCAUAGAAAUGCCCCCAGUGGCUAUAAAAGGUCCAGAUUUAAAGCUACAGGAAAAGGAAUUCUUCAUUACAGUUACAAUUAACAAAACUGAAAAAGUUAAUGUUAGAUGCAGAAUUCAUCACUGGGCUACAGGCCUAGACAGGCUCCCAUGGGAAGAGUUUCAUUGGAAAAAACCUUUAGAGGCCCUUAUUCCAGAACAAGCACCAAUUUUGGAGAAAAUGCCAUUACCUCAGUGAGGGAACUUUGUUUUGCAGU